UCUAAAAAUGGCGGACGACGUGGAGCAACAACCGACCACCAACACGGUGGAGGAGCCGCUGGAUCUGAUCCGGCUCAGUCUGGACGAGAGGAUCUACGUGAAGAUGAGGAACGACCGGGAGCUGCGGGGACGCCUGCAUGCCUACGAUCAGCACCUGAACAUGAUCCUGGGGGACGUGGAGGAGACGGUGACGACGGUGGAGAUCGAUGAGGAGACGUAUGAAGAACUCUACAAGUCUACAAAGAGGAACAUCCCCAUGCUGUUCGUGAGAGGAGACGGCGUGGUCCUGGUGGCACCGCCGCUCCGGGUGGGCUGAUCCAGAACCUGAUCCAGAACCUGAUCCUGAACCCUCACGUCUCCAAAAAACUAGAUCUGGGUUCAGAGAAAUGGUCCCCCCGUUAGGUUUUUAUCCAACAUCGUCCUGAAGUUAAACCUCUGAUUAUUGACUUGCUUUAGUGGGUUGAAAGACCAGGAGAUAUGUUUUUUUACUUGAUGAGAAAUGACGGCUAAGUGUUUUCUGUUUUUUUUUUUUUGGGGGGGGGGGGUGUAUUUUUUUAUAUUGUUGUUAAAUCAAAUUUAAUUUGACGUCUCUGUAUCUCAGUGUUUGCUGCAGCCGGACUUCCUAAUGUUUCUGUUUUGAGGUUUGAGCGGUUCCUGAACCCGCGUUUAUUCCUCGUCACUCAAAUUUAAAUGCUCUUGAAGUUUAAUCUGAAUCCAUGACAUCAUGUCGAGGUGUUUUUGGACAGUUUUUCAUUUAAUCCUCAUGUUUUAGUGGAGCGUUGUGUGAACGACUCGUGCUCAGUUG